GUGAAAUAGUCAAGUCAACACAUGCAAUUACAAGGACUUGUAUAGUUCGGUCCAGACUCCAGAAAUCAGAGUCUCAACACUCAACCUCAACCUCGAGCUUCGAGACGUGACAAAACCAAACCCCGUAGCGGGCGUGCGCGCGCGCGCCGAGUAUAUAUAAUAUUAUAGGCUCUCAAAGGAGUAUCCGGACUCGGCAGCUGCGACAGCCGCGAGUCAUCCCCGAGAGUCGAAGGAAUCCUACCGACGAAGAGGGCACGCGAGAGAGCAUCGGGCUGGCAGGUUCUCUGCAGCAGCUCUUUACUCCCGGCUAACGCUCGUCAACGUAGAAUGAGCGGCGAGCAGGAGGCUACGGACAGCAGGCUAACCACCCAGGAGGAACCAGGAGCUAUGGGCGACGUCCUCACCAAGGAAGACCAGCAGCAGCACCACUGUGACUCCGAGGCUGUUUUAGAGCAGCAUCAAUCCCUCGAGCCUGUCGUGUCCUUCACCGAGCCCCAGCUUCUUAACCACCAGCCGCUUCUUACAGAGAUUAUGGAUGUAGAUAAAGUAGAGUUGACAGCACAGGCAGUGCUGAGUAGCCAAGUCAGUGUUGACAGUGAUUUGAUGAGCUUGUUUAAGCCCUAUGAAAAUGCCAUUAAUAAUGGCACUGGUACAAUGGAAAUUGUCCAAAAUGAUGAGUACUUAUUGUGUAAAGAGCAAUGCCUAGCCAAUGACAGCUCUACUGUUGAUGAUUUAUGUGACUGUAAAGAGUGCAAGUGGAAAAAAAGAGAUUUAUCUAAAGAAGACUUUGAAGAAAUGAUCAAGUGUAAGCAUCUCGGUGUAAACUUGAGGCAUUACAUAGGUUCCACAUUUCAUUGGUUUAUGGAAACGUCAGGAUUUUCUGGAAACCCAUCUACAACACUGCCUCAGCCUCAAGAUCUAGAUUCCAUUGAAAAUCUUGAUGAACUCAGAAAGUCUGUGGUUUUAUUGUGCGAAAAAGUACCUUAUCAAUUGUUCAUGUGGUUGGUCGGACAAGCCCAAGAAUUUGUGAUAGGUGUUAAGGUUCAAUUGUUGACACUUUUGUAUGACCGCAGCGUUGGUAACUUAGCAGAAGUUUUUAUAACAAAACUUUUAGACGGAUAUGAAGCCUUGUUAGCUACAGCUGUACAUAUUUCCGAUUUACUACAGCCUUUGCAAAAUGAACUUUUUAGUAAAGUCAACUUAACGUGGAGUUACAUUAACAAAAGUUUAUACCAAAAUUAUGUUUUUAGCGACCCUUUGAUACAAAAUAAUUUACCUUCGUAUCUUGGACAGUUGAAAGAAUGUAUGAAAGAAGAUAAUUCGAACAAACAUCUUCUAGAUCGUUACUUUGCGUUCAACGAUGAAAUAACUAAAAUUGGAUCUUUGUGUCCAGAAAUUGAACGUCUCAUCGACAAGUACAAUGCUGAACAAGUAACUGGUUCUGUGAUGAAAAAAGUUCGCGAAGAUUUCGAGCGAUUCAAAACGAGAUUAAAACUCGAUUUGCCCAUUUACACUGAUGAAAAUUUAGAAUUCAUUAAGGAAGUGGAUGACAGUAGCAGUAAUGCUGUACCAGAUGAUGAAGAGUUUUUGUAUACGAAUUCCUAUAUUCAAGCCUGUUCACUGCCCCAUGCAGUAGAAAUACAAAGUAUGUUUAAUGAUUGGAAAAAAUCUCCUCAACAAAGGUUAACUGACUUAGUAGAAGCAUUGACGUUAUCAUCUAGUUUAGAAGAAGAAGUGGAACCUAGAACUGCAGAAGAAAAAAAUUGUUCUUCUUAUUUAGAAAAAACGAUAAAAGAAGGUAUUAAUAAGUCUGUGUUGUGCGAAAAACAAGAUUGCAAAUGUGACCUUAACAAUUCUCCUGUUGAUCCAGGAGUGAAUCUUAUACAAGAAAAAUCUCAAAAUUUCCAUAACCGCGUAUUGAAGCACAGUGCUGCCGUUAAUAUACAAAACCGAAAAGUUGAUCCCGCAAUGAUAGUGAGAAACGAGUCUAGUGAUGGUUCUGAUCUUCCUCGUACUCUCGCUAUUCCAAAGCCGAAUAAAGAUAAUUGUGGGGAGCCUUUAAAAAAAGUGUCUAAAACGUCCACAGCUCAGACAGCUCAAACGCAAAUAAGGCACUCAACUACGCAGACACCUAGUACAAAUCACAAUCAAAAUCACGUACAUCGUCAUUAUCAUCAAGGAAGAUGUUCGUCUCAUUCUCAUUCGCACGGAAGUUUAUCCAAUUCCGUUAUUAAAUCCUCUGGUCUUCAUCGAACGCAUGUAGGUCAUAACAUUCAUCCACCAGGAUCGACAGUAUCUUGUCAUAAACAGCAGCACAUAGUCGAACACAUUAAACGAUUAUCAGCCAUUGAUCUGAGCCCUGGAGAGAACGGAGACUGUUCUGAUUCUGGAAGUAGUCACGAAGAUACUUGUUCAACAACUAAUAGUCCAACUCCUAGGGAUUCAAAUCGUCACUGUGAUUGCUGUUAUUGUGAGGUGUUUGGUCAUGGCGUGCCAUCGGUAGCGCCAGUCAGUCGAAAUUACAAUGAAAUGCGUGAAAGGCUGAGGCAACUGUUAUCAAAAAAGAAAGCAAAGGUGUGCAAAACGACGGCAAAUCCUCAUGUAAAAAGUUCCAUCGAAGUAUCAUCGUCUUCUUCAUCCUUAUCGUCGACUUCUUCAACAUCAUCAACAAUAACUAAUGUAGAUUCAUCUAAUCUACCAAAUGCAGCUUCGAGGUCAAAUACGCCUAAUGCAACGACUUUGAAUCCUGCGCCGAAAGUGACUACUAAACUUGUCAACUCCGUUAACGUAGCUGUCCCUGCUAUCACAGUAAAACUUAAUUCUAAAGAAGAUUUAUGGAAUUUAGAUGCUGCUGUUGAAUUCAUAGAAGGCUGCAAUGGUGGAAAGAAAAAUGAAAAAAAAGCAGCAAAGAAAGCUCGUCAAAAACAAAGAAAGAUUGAUGAAAAAAAUCUAAAGCAAAAAGAAGAAGAUGACAGGUUAAAAUUGAUAGAACUUCAAAAGAAAACACCAGAAGUUACAAUAACUGUUGUGAAUCCGCAAAAACAACAGUCGCAAAAAUCUGUACAAAAAUCGAAAUUGCCAGAAGUGUCAAUUAUCCCCGCUGUAUUAUCAAAACCGAAAGCAACAUUCACCGUUAACAAGCCAACAACAAGUGCGAGUACGACAAAAAAGACUGCUGAUGUUGUCGGUAUCAUCAGCAAAAAUGUUGGCAAAAGUAAAGUUGCAGCAGUACCAGCACCACUAGUGCCAAAAACUCAGGAAAACGUGAAAAAAAAGACUGCUAAUGUAGAAAAACUUAAUCAAGCGGCCGUCAGUACGAAUCAGACAAAAUCUAAGACGCCAGUCAAAGCUAAUGAAAUUGUUUCUCAACCAGAUCCUACAGAUGAAUUCAGUGAUCUCAGCAAUUUAACAAAAAAAGAAAGAAAAAAGUUAAGACGUGCAAUUAAAAAGCAAGAAGAGCUAAAAGAGUUGGAAAAUAAACAGUUGGAAAAUCAACUGCAGAUUGUAACUAUCAAGCGAAUAAUGGAGUCUAACAAUGCUGAGCCAACUGUAACUAUAACCUUGAAAGGUCAAACACCUGCAGAAGAUAAGGUCUUGUUUACUCUUGUUAAUGGACAAACAAAAGAUUCAUCAAAUCAGUCCCAGAAUUCUGGCAAGAAAAAGAAGAAUAAAAAUAAAAAUAAUAAUUCUUCCGGUCAGUCACAACAAGUUGCCGACAAGCCUCAACAACCUCAAAUUAAUAAUAAUGUUAAAACUGAUGUGAAUCAAAAGAACAAUUCAAAAAAUGUAAAACAACAGCAACAAUCUCAACAACAAUCUGGUAAAGAUAAAUCUAAAUCGAGUAAACAGCAGCAGGAGAAUCAAAAAGUACAACAACAACAAAACAUCGUCACCAAUGAAACAAAAAGUACAAAAUCUAAGAAAGAUAAAAAAAAUAAUAAUGAAAAUAAAGAAAAUAUUUCGAAACAAACUACAAACGAAAAUGUACAAAAACAAGAACACAGUACAACUAACAAAAAAUUAAAUAAGGCUUCCAUCAACAUUGUUCCAACUCCCAUGAUCAGUAAAAAACAGCAGCAACAGCAGCAACAACAACAGCAACAGCAGCAGCAACAACAACAGCAGCAACAACAACAGCAGCAGCAACAGCAGCAGCAGCAGCAGCAGCAGCAGCAGCAGCAGCAGCAGCAGCAGAAGAAGCAACAGCAACAGCAACAGCAGCCAAAUGUUAAUUCAAACAAUAAUAAGGGUACUAAGAAUGUUAAGAAUCAAAAUCAGGUUCAGCAUCAGAAAAAAGUCAAUAACAACAGCAGCAGCCAAAACAAUCCGAGUAAACCAGGAAAAUGUAAUAGUGCUACUAGUGGAAAUCAAAUUCAAACUCAGUCCACAGUUUCUGACACUCAAAAAACUUCGAAAGGUGUUGCAAAUUUGACGAAUAAACAAAAGCAGGCCGACGAGCCAAUCCAGACUCGGAGAAGAGAACAGCCAGAUGCUUUCUCAAAUAAUCAUCAAAAGGAAAGGUGCAACACGCCGUCGAGUAUUAGCAUUGAAAAUCUGAAGCUCCCUCCAGGUAUCACUAUAACUAAAGUCGAUGCUCCAGUCAGGCCUCUUCCCUUGAAAACAAACGUCGCUCCAAAGCCUGUUAAAAAUACACCGAAACAAACAACUAUUAUUGCGGCACCAAUGAGCGGUGUUCAGUCGUCGAAUUACGGAAAUCCACAGGGUACCGGAAAUGUGAUUGUUGUUGAUACUGGAAGACUGAAGCAAGAUUUAGUACCUAAAAAUGAAAACCCAAAAGAUCCAAACGGUCAGUCGUCAUCUUCGUCGUCAAAGAAAAAGAAGAAAAAGAAGAACAAAAAUUCUGCAGUGAAUGGAAAUGAGAAAAAUGGUAGUGCUCAACCAGUGCAAAGCAACGGUAGAUUACAGCAGCCACAGCAGCAGCAGCAAAAUUCGAACGAUUACGCAGAGCCGGCUCGGAUCCUUCACAACCCCACGACAAACAUGGUGACCAUAAGAAAUCCUGCGUUUGGCCCAGCACCACCCAAAAUGGAACCUUGCACCCAACAAGCAGCCAUUAUCAAAGUUGGAGUGGAUGGAAUGGUGACGAUACGUAGUCCUGCUCUUCAGCAAGCAAUUAACGCAGGUCUUCAACCGCCUUCAAAACCCGAUUUUAUUGUUAAGGGAGGUACCGCUGCAAACGGAGCUAAGCCUGUGAGUAACAAUUUUAUGAACAGUAGUGAACUGUCUGGUCCAGUGAAAGGAUCGAAUGGAAUGCAGUUGCCUACAGAUCUCACAGAGUUGCGAAGGCGACUAGCCCAACAAUCUGACAACGAUCGAAUGACAUCGUCGACUCUGUUUAACAAUGGUCUUUCGAGUAUUCAAAUAAGCAAAGUCACGAAUGGCCAAUCGCCAAACAUCCCCGAGAACGGCAUUAAGUUAAAAGGAACGAGCGUGACGCUGACGAAAAUUCGAAAUACUGAGGCACACAUUAAUCAUAUGCAGCAGCAACAACAGCAGCUCAUCGACGAGGCCAAAGGAAAUUCGUUAAGCGGAAGCGCGAGCAAAAACCGUAAGAAAAAGAAACGGGGAAACGGAGGUCGACAAGGUGGCGAUGACUGGAAUCUCGUUGAGAGCGUAUUCACUCCCAAAGACAUAGACCUCGAGGACGGCGAGAUGGACGAGACCGAGCGCGAGCUCGAGGCCUUCAAGCGAUUCUGCCUGCAGUCCGUGCCGCCGCCUCGCAAGGAGAAGGUCAACCUCAACCUCAAGGACAUCGUUCUCAAGAAGAAGUCCUCCGCCUCGGCCUCCCCGACAGCCGUCGCAGCCUCCGCCGCAGCUACCGCGGCAGCCGUCGUCGCAGCCAUCUAAAUUUCCGCUCUACUCUAUACUCUAUCUCUUGUUCUUCUUCAUCCUCUAUCUAACUGAUUCCUCAUAGCGAACUUAUUCGAUCCGAGAUCCGAUAUCUAGAACAAUUAUACAAGCAACACAUGCAUACGCUACAAGUAUUUUUUUUUUUUUUUUUUUCCUUCCUUCUUGUGGGCUAACUCGGUACUACACACAUCACGUUUUAGGAUUCGGUACCUUGGUAUAGUGACCACCUUUUGAGAAUGAUUUUUUUAAGACGGUAUGCGAAUUACACACACACACACACUUGAAAGAUCUAUUUAACAAAUUAAGCAGAUUUUUUUUAUUGGAGGUAUAUUCGAUAGUGUACUGUAAGAAAGGAGUAUACAUAUUAUAAAUAUUUUGAUUUUUG